CACUUUCGCGUUAAAGGAGAGGAAAGCAAUUCUUCCCCAUUUUGUAGGCCCGUUGGACAUUAUACUAUGGUAGUUGAUCCUACCACAGAGCAAAAGGAGAGAAUGGGUCACUGUGUUUCAGAUCCGACCUUGUUAGAAAGAAUUUCAUCAGGGGUGUCAUUUUAUUAUAUCUGCGCCGGUAUAAUUGUGGGUAUCUCUAGAAUAAUAGGGCCAUGUUCAGAAGAAGAUUGGCCAUACAUACCAUUAGCAAUGGCCUGGACAAUACCAGCAGUUCUAAAAAGAAUACGCGGAGGGAAAAUUGUAAUUAAAGAUCCUAGAAAGGUACUUCUAGAAAAUGAACAAAUAUUUGUGAAAAAACACCUAGAAACUGAUAUAGAUGAUAAGAAUAAUACAGAUGCUCAUGUUUUCAUCACUGCUUUAGCUUCAAUAGUAUUCCCUUGGAUAGUAGUACUCUUGGCUUACUUUACACCACCAAUAGGGUUUGGAUGUCGAAAAACCUAUGUUAGCGGUG